AAGACAGAAAGAAGUGUGUGGCAGACGUACGCGACCGCUUUGCUAACGCUGUUUGUGGCGCGGACAGUGGCGGAUACCAACUAGUAGAAUCAAAGAAAAAAGUGGAAAUUUCUAAGACAGUAGUUUGAAGUGGAAAAGUUUAUGGCACAAAGUACUUUUAAUUGUGUGUAAGGUGCGCCAGCAAUGAUUUGAGUUAACUUAAAUAACGCAUAUAAUGUGGCAUAAAACGUGAAACAAAUCACUGAAAUUGCUCGCAUCGAGUGAAUUGCACUGAAAAUUGUGCAGCAAGGCAAGAAAGCAAAUUAACCGUAAAUUCUGAAAGUGCAACAGUCAUGCAACGCAAGUGGAUAGCUAACAGUGACGAUGAGCAGGGCGGCAUUUUUAGAUGACUGCAAAGUGAAAAUAAAAAGAAUUAGCUUCAUACAGUGGUGAAACGGUUUAAAAUUACAAAAGAUAUUGAUAUGAAAAAUUUAAUAAAAUUAAUUAGAAAUUAAAUUAAAGUUAGACAGUGUUGUGACUAAAAUAUUUACGCUAGCUGCACGAGUACGAGUACAUAGACUGCGAAACAACAAGCAAAUUCAGCAAAAAUAAUUAUGAACAAGUUUAUAAAACACAAUUAUAAAAAUAUUAUUAUAAAAAUUAAUAAUUAAUAUUACAACAAAUUCAUGCAAUCAGCAACUUGCCACAGCAGCAGUUGAUAGCGCCAAAUUGCUAUUGUGUUCACUAGGCUUAAGUUAAAGUUGUUAAGUUCGUCAAAAUUAGGCAUACAACAAAUACAAAAACAAUCAAAAAGGUAGCAAGCAUAAACUUGAAAAUUGCACGAGUUUUUAAGUUAAAAAAUACGAAAUAAAAUAUAUAGUAAAUAAAGAUGACAUUGUUGCAAUUAGCAUUUAACGAACACUAAAAUAACAACAAAAAAUUGCAAUUAAAUUAGAAUAAAAAAUUAGUAAUUAAUGAAAAAACACAGGAAUUAAUGUUAAGGCCCACAACAAAGCAGACAAAUUUGGUCAGAUAAAACUAAUAAAAAAUAAUUACAAAAUUGCAAAACAACUAUGUGAGCCAAUAAAACCAAUAAAAUCAACAAAAAAAUAACUAGAAUUAAUACGUUUGUAUACGUUGGACACCUACAACUCGCGCACUACAAUAAAGCAACCAGAAAAACACAGCAAAACUAGCGAAUAAUUCAAAUAUUUUAAUGAAAUUUAAAAAUUAAGCGCAUAAAACAACAAAAUCAUACUGAAUUUACAAAAAAAAAACAAUAAUUGUUUAACAAAAUUAUUAAUAAUUCAUAAUAAAAUUAAUUCAUAAAAAAUUAGUUUAUAAAAAGAAUUAAUAAUUCACAAUAAUUAAUUCUCAAAAAAAUUAAUAAUUCAUAAAAAGAUUAAUAAUUCACAAAAAAAAACUAAUUUUAACUAAAAAAUUAAUUAAUGAAAAAAGCACAAUAAUUUAUAAAAUAAUAAACCACAAAAAAAUUUCACAUAAAAUUGCAUAAAAAUAAAAUACGUGAACCUCCCUCGAAAAUUCAUCAACAAAAAAAUGCACACAAAAAUUAACGCUUACGAAAAAAUUAAAAAUAUUCACCUCGAAUAAAAACUACAUCGAAUCAAAUCCCUUCAUUGACAAAUACUUUGUAAACUCAAAUAUAAAUAUAUAUACACGUAUGUCUCACUAAAUCCUUCAAUAACUAUUCCUGCAUACAACUACAUAUACAUAUACCUACAUGCAUACAAAAACAUUGAUUUGUGUUCAAAUUCCUGUGCAACUAAAAUCAUAAAAAAUCGUCUGAAAAAUCUCUGCGAAAUUCAUCUCAACAUUUGUGCUCAGUGAAUUUCAUACCAAUACAAGCGAUUUCUAUUUCCAAAUAAUAAAAACAAAAAACGAAAAUUAAAAACAACCUACUUCUAGAUUGAAUACUAAAUACUACUACUCACUCGCAUCUACAAGCAUAAACACACACAUAUACACGCAUAACUGUAUAUGUCUUUUAUGUGUGUCUAACUAGAAAUCGCCAAGCAAGAGCGGAACUGAAGCCAUAAUUCGGAAAGGAGCUUACAAAAUAUCCUGCCAUUAAAUGAGAAUUCAAAUGCAAUUCUGAGACAACAACAAAAACAAGCGAAUUGCCAGCAAAUUGUAUGUGAACCUUGAAACUAAUGCACGUACAAUCGCCUCGGCUUAACUAAGGAGUCAACUUCAAAUUGUACUGGAAACGGUAAACUACAAAUCCAGCUAACAGCAAUUGCAACUACAACAACAAGUAGCAAAUCAAAAACGAAUCAAAUACAUAAAUUUUAUAUCGACACACAUUUAACGCCAACAACACAUGCGCACACAUACUACGAACGACUAGCGUCCUAUAUCUCCAAUCUCCAGUGCUCGCUUUCAUUAUCGCUCUCGCUCGCUCCUUCGCUCUGCGUGAGUGUCUCUGCCACUAAUGAAUGCAACAGAAAAAGUGUUUGGAUAUGUAAAAUAUGUGUGUUUGUGUUAGUAGCGUGCUUAGAAGUUGCAAUUAUAGCAACAAAUGCCGGAAAGUACAGUUAAAAAAUAAUUGCAACAACAACAGCAACGACAAGCACAGCACGCAUGCAAACGUGAAAAGAAAAGCAUUGGACAGCAGCAAAGGUAUACAGCUAGCAUAUAUACAGCAGAAACAACAAAAACAACAACAGCAGCAACAACAACACAAACUUAUGGCACAAACAACGGCGAAGCAUAAAACAAAUUUGUGUCGGUGAAGUAGCAGAACGAAAACGAAGAAAAAGCGGAAGAAGAAGCGGACGCAGUGCGCAGGCAACACCAACAACAACAACAACAACAGCAACGACAGAUAAGCAAAUAUUGAAAUUGUAUAGUUGACAAGUGGAGCAGAGCGUAGGAGAGCAAUCGUCAGUAGGCAAGCGUUAGUGUGACAGCGAGUGAAUGCGUUAGCGAGACCUCACCAAUACAACCGAGCAAAGCGUAACGGUGUGUCUGUGUGCAACAAAUUGAUCAGCAGUUGCAACAAAAUAUAACUACAACAAAAAAUUUAACGCAGUUGUGCUGUUAACAAUAUUAACUGUUGCUGGCAAUUGCGUUGAAAUAGCCGUACAAUAAUUGCAAGAAAUACAACAAUAACAAGCAGUAGCGGAAAAAUCAGCCGUUGUCAUGAGGAUCAUCGCGCCAUUUCGGGCUCUGGUGCUGGCCCAUUUAUUUUACUGCGUAGCGCCAGCUGGUGAGGCUGAUUACACUCUGGAUGAUUCUUUUUGGAAUGAAGAAAGUCCUGUCGGUGAAGUGGAACGCCUUCUUAAAGAGUAUCGUCAAAAUCAGGAACUAGUACGCCGUAUCGGCGGUCAUUACUAUCAGAUCAUUUAUCCGGUGCAGCUGCGGCACCACGAAAAGAUGGGCAUAUCAACGCGAGAAGUGAGCCCACCAAAGCCGGGUCAGCGUCCACGACCCCAUGAGGAUGGUGGCUUCAGCAGAGGCAGAACAAAGAAACACUUUCAUCGCACCUCACUCUUAAUUAAGGCCUUUAAUCAUAAGUUUCGCUUAGACUUGGAAUUAAAUUCGCAACUUUUAUCACCAAAUAUACAACAAAAACAUUACCAUGUGAGUGGUUAUCAGGUGGAUGGUAAUCGGCAUGACAUUGAGCAUUGCUAUUAUCAUGGCACCGUUAAGGACUAUCCUGGUGCUAGCGCCGCUUUCCAUACGUGCAAUGGUGUCAGCGGCGUCAUACACAUCGGCAACGAAACAUUCGUAAUACAUCCCUUCUAUGGAGGCGAUCUUUCGAAGCAUCCGCAUGUGAUAUUUGAGGCACGCACUAAAGCCAACAAAGGAUGCGCCAAUUCGGGUAACUUAGAGACGUGGCGUUUGUCACGUCGCCCAAAACUGCUGUCGGCUGGUGUCAUCGACGAAAUACAUCCGAACGGUGCGGGCCGUUAUAAGCGCGAUGUACGAGAAGCAACUAAAUACAUCGAAACGGCCAUUGUUGUGGACCAAGCGAUGUACGAGAAACGUAAUGGCAGCACACGUGCCGAGGUCAUACACGAUGCUAUACAGGUGGCGAAUAUUGCGGAUUUGUACUUUCGCACUCUAAACACCCGUGUAUCGGUGGUGUACAUUGAAACCUGGGGCAAAAAUCAGGCCCUCAUCGAUGGCAGUAAGGACAUCAGUAAAGCCAUAUCGAAUUUCAACGAUUAUACAUCGCGAAAUCUUUUCCAAAUCGAACGCGACACCACACAGUUACUAACCGGCGAGACGUUCGCUGGCGGCGAGGCGGGCAUGGCGGUGCCGGAGACCGUGUGCACGCCGCGUGCGAUUGGCAUCAGCGUCGAUAUUAAUGUCUACGAGCCGCAUCUGUUGGCGGGUACGAUGGCGCACAUGAUUGGCCAUAACAUCGGCAUGGGUCACGAUGAUGGACGUGAAGAGUGCUUCUGCAGGGACUGGCAUGGUUGCAUAAUGGCCCAAUCGAUUGUUGGCCAGGAGAAUGUGCAGCCUUACAAAUUCUCCGAGUGCAGCAAAAAGGAUUAUAUCGAUGCGCUGCGCGCCGGACAUGGGUUGUGUUUACUCAAUAAGCCGAAUGAGAUCGAAAUGCGUCGCAAUUGUGGCAAUAAGAUCGUCGAAGAGGACGAAGAGUGUGAUUGUGGCACGAUUGAGGAGUGUGCCUUGGAUCCAUGUUGCGAUGGCAUCACCUGCAAGCUGAAAUCAGAGGCUCAGUGCGCCAGUGGCGCUUGUUGUAAUGAAUGUCGCCUUCGGCCAAAAGACUAUGUCUGCCGUGAUGCACUCAACGAAUGCGAUCUGCCAGAGUAUUGUGAUGGCGAAAUUGGUCACUGCCCAAUGGAUGUAUUUCGAAAAAAUGGAUCUCCGUGUGGCCACUCGAAAGCAGGAUUGUCGUCCGGCUACUGCUUUCAAGGCGAUUGUCCCACUUUGAAUCUGCAGUGUGAGGCGAUUUGGGGUUAUGGUGGUGUGGCAGCAGAUCGCCAAUGUUAUGAGCAAUUUAACUCGAAGGGUUCGAUCAACGGUCAUUGUGGGCGUGACUCCAAUGAGCAUUAUAUUAAAUGCGAGCCAGAAAAUGUGCAAUGUGGCACAUUGCAGUGCAAAGAGGGCGAACGCCAGCCAGUUAAUGAUGGUAUUGAUCAGCUUUAUUCGAGCACAGUUAUCUCAAUCAAAGGCACGGAAUAUACAUGCAAAGCCACUAGUGGUCAAGUGGGCGCCAAUGAGUAUCCGGAACAUGGACUGGUUAAGGAUGGUACGCCAUGCGGUACUGAUUUGAUUUGUCUGAAUCAGACUUGCGUCAGCAUAUUUCCACACGUCGAUCAAACCAAAUGCCCAACAGAUUCACAGGGAAAAGAGUGUUCAGGACGCGGGGUCUGCACCAACACGAAUCGCUGCUUUUGCGAUAUGGGUUGGGGCGGCAUCGACUGUAGCCUUGUAGUUUUACUGACCACACCACUGCCAACGGAAGCGCUGCCAACCGCGGAAAAUACUAUCAAAAUGGAGAAGAAGGAGACGCCAUAUGAGAACUACCACGGCUCAAAUACAGUAUUCCUGGUCGGUGUACUAAUGUCAGUUGUUGGGUUCGUUUUUGUUACUUUCACCUUGAUGGCACUGUGCUACAGGUCAGUUGUAGUACAUAGAAACUUCUCCCUGUGUCUGAGACGCAAAACCACUACACUUAAGUACGAUCCGCCAUAUUCGAAAAAGCCCAUCGCCAAGGGCUAUGCCAGCGCCGCAGCCACUGCCGCAAAUCAUCACUCGGUCGAGGAGGUUUCACUGGACGGUUCCAGCAAAUUAGUGUACGCCAAUCAGGCCGGCUUCAGGGAUAAAAGCAUACAUGGUCGCCGUUAUACCGGCGGCGGUGAGGACGAUCAGGCCCAUUCUGAAAAGGGCAUAUUGAAGAAGCACAGCUACGGGCUGGUGCACAAUGAACAAUUGAAGGAUAAAUGGGGCGACGAUGUACAGUCCGACAAUCUCGAGCUUAUAACACAACAGGACGGUGCACUCGGCGCUUCUACCAGCGGCGGAGCGGCGGUCUCCGAAGUAGAGCGCACCCUCAAAUCGCUCAACGGCUAUCACGAAGACAUAUUGGAGGCAUUGCGCAAUGCGGCCUCACAUCGCGGCACCGCCACCGGCAACACGCCCGUCGGCAGCGGCAGCCUAAGCGAAGAGAUGCUGCGCAAAACACUGCAAGACUGCCAAAGCGCACAGCUGGGCUACAGUGUGGAACCGUACAAGCGCUCCAGCGGUUCCAAGUCGAGUUCACGCGAGAACAUCUGCGACCCGGCACAAGCGCACAUGCUGAUCGAAAGUGCGGGCAUUGGCGGGCAUGCCGGUGCCAUAUUGCAUCAUCAUCGGUCACAGCAUCAAUUACAUCAGCCCCCACCAUCAAUACAGCAACAACAACCGCCGCUGGACGAUGAUGAUGCCCCAUCGACCGGGCCGUUGCGCAUACGCAAUCUGGAGGAUCUAAUACGACAGCUGGAGCAUCAUUCGUCGCGUCACAUGAGUCCUAGCGGCUCCGAGGACAUUCGAAUGUCCGAAACGGAGGCCGAUCGCCAUUAUAGAUUAGAUAGUUCUGCCGCUUGUAGUGAAUCGUCGCAAGGCUCAAAUCAGCAAUUAGCACAAUCACAGAAAACUGCAACAAUACAUCCGUCUUACAGCAGUCGUUUGCGCCCGCGCUCCGACGAGGAGUCGCGCUUCGCCUACGGAAGGUACAGACAUCCACAAGCAGCUAGUAGACAUCCAUCGCAUCAAUCGCAUUCACCUCAUGCUUUCGGCCAUCAUACGCAUCAUUCGCACGCCCACGGUCAUGCUACGCACGGCCCACACUCAUCACAUCACUCGUCGCAUACACACUUGCACCAGGACGACGAGGGUAUAUACGAGAGUGCCGACCAUCAUGAACGUUCGGUGGUUGAGGCACGUCUCGAUCCGCGUGAGACACCCGAUAGUGAGAGACGUCAACAUUUCUAAAACAAAAAUCAUCCGCAAACUGACUUUGUAUGCUUUACAGAUAUUAUCGCUAAUUUAGAUUUAAACGUCAGACCAAAAACCAAUAAGCACCUAAAAACACCCCGCAAAUACAAAAUACAUUUAUGUAUCUAGAAAAUAUAACGGGCUUAGGAAGUGUAUUAGUUACAUUCACAUGUGAAAUAAUGUCAAGAUUUCUACUACUCCUUUUAGAUUUAUACUUACACAUUAAAUACAUACUAUAUAUGCUAACACACACGUGUGUAUGUAUGUAUAAACAUGCGUAUGCAUGCGCAUAAGUUUAGUUAUUGUCUAAUUUUAGUUGAAAUUCCGCAAUAAAAAUAAUUUAAUUGUAAAUAAAUGAAAUUUAAAGAUAACAAAAUUUAGUUUGUAAUAUUGUAAAUAUUUUUAUAUACGAGAAAACACAAAUGAGUAUUAUUAGAAUAGGUGCGAAUUCAAUUGUAAAUUAGGAAAAUGUAUGUAAAAAUAAUGUGUAGAAAUAAUUUGAAGAUAAUUAAGCGGAAGAUAAAAGUUUUGCCCAUUUUAUUUUGAGGAAACUCUGUAAUGUUUUUAGAAUUUUCGCAUAACAUAUUUUAUAUAAUUUUUUUAUAAAGAAAAAUAUAUUUCGAUGAUAAUUUUUUUAUUAAAAAAAAAUUAAAUUAGCAAUUGCUCUGGUUUUUUUAUCGAAAGAACCUAAACGUUUGAAUGCCUAAAUUUCAAAAAUCUCUUUUAUCAUACUAAAGAAUGUACAUUUUACAUUGAUAAUUCAGUGUGCAAAUUUUUAAUUUCUUUUGAAAAAAAAAAAUUUUAUAAAAUAAUUUAUUUUCACUUUUUUAUUAUUAUAGUAAUUUUUUUUAUUAUAAUUUUUUUAUUAUAUAUUUCAAAUUUUUCUUUCAGAUUUAAUUUGUUAAUCUUUUGUAUAUACAUUUUUUUAUUAUAUUUGAAUUUCAUUUGAUUUAAUUUACUCAUAGUAUUCUUCAAUGAAAACCCUGGACGCAACUCAGACCAUUACUUUUCAUUUUAUUUUUGAUAUUUUUAUUUAAAACACUUCUUUAAAAAAAUUUUAUUGUGUGAUAUUGUUUUCAAUAUUUAUUUCAAAAUAAAAAAAAAUGUUUAAACGUUUAUUCCAUGAAACAAUAUGUUUAUACUUUUUUAUAUCCUUUAUUUUUAUUUUAUUCACUCUUUGUUACUUUAUUCACUUUUUUUAAUUUUGUAAUAUUAUUUUUUUAUUUUUAAUUUUUUAAUUCUUCAAUAUUGUUUUUAACUUUUCACUUUUUUCUUUAAUUAUUAAUUCUUUGUAAUGUUUUAAUAACUAUUUUUUUUAUUUACUUUUUUUCUAUCAAAAACAUUACCACAGCCAAUAUGUAUUAUAUUAUUUUUUUUAAAGAUUUCUCAAAAAUUCUAGUUCACACUUUGUAAAUAUUAAAAAAACGUCAGAAACAAACACAAAAUCACUUUUGUUAAACAAGGUGUUUUGUAUAGUUUAUAAGUAUAACUUGUACAAAGGAAAAAUUCACAUGCUCGUGCUAGAAUUAAUUUUACAUUAAGAUAUAUAAAUAAAAAAAUAUACAUAAUUAGUUACAAAAACAGAAAACCAAAACAAUUGCGGUAGUUAAGUGUGAAUUAAAAUCAAAUAAAAAAGAAAAAAUCAAUUCAAAUAAUGAGUAUUGCAAAAACAAAAAACCGAAACGAAAUCAGAUUAGUUCACAUGCAACACAAGAUUACAGGUCAAUACUAAUUAGUGAAAGAUUUUCAUAGAAUUACAAAAUAGUAUAAUAAAUAAAUAAGAUGAAAUGAAAUAAUAUGUCUAGAUAUACCAUAUACGAUUUAGAAAAAAGUAGCGGUAAUAGAAAUAAUUUGCAAACAAAACGUACAGUCAGUUUAUCAUGGUGAAUGUCGUCGUAUGUAUGUAUGUAAUGCAAGCAAGCAAGCACGCUACUGUUUUAGUGUACCACAAAUACACCCACACACACACAAACGCACUUACACCCUUCCGAGCAAGUGAAAUAAUAAUGCGCUAUACUGACAGACUCCAAGACUCUCUACCCACAUACAUAUAUAGAUGAAAUUUCUAAAUAAUGAAACCAGGGUUUCCAUAAGCUAACUAUUGCGCAUAGAUAUAGAAAUUCUUUAUUUAAGAACUUUUCACAUUUGAGUCAACAUUUUUUAUCAAUUUGUGUUUAGACAUCUAUAAAAAUGCUGAAUUUGAUAUUAAUUAAAAUCAAAAAAUUCUUUAUAAUUAAAAACGAGCAAUCCUUAACCCGUUAUAUCUAUCCAAAAGGAUUCUGAAAGCGAAUCAUUACUUAUGGAACUUUGUAGAAUGUUUCUAUAACCUUGCACUUGAGAAAUCAUCGCCGUUAGCCAGCACAUCUUCAAUCUAAAUCAUAAAUUAUUUUGUAAUGAAAUAAAUAUUUCGCAAUUUUGGCAUUCUAGCUACAUUCAAUAGAAUUCGUUGUUUAUUUAUGACACCACAAAUUAAUAGGUUAUAAUUAUCAUAGCCUUGUUUUUCAAUUGCAAAUCAAUAUUGCAGAUCAGAGUUCUAAAAGCAAUAUUUUUGUGGCAACGAACUGCUAUCUAAUGGAAAGAUUUACAAUAGAUUUUUCUUUAGAUUUUUCAAACUUUUCGACUUAUGCUAAACAGACCACAGACAUUAAUAAAGAUUAAUAGUCCACUCGAUUCAAGUCUUCAUUUUUAACCUACUUACAUAAGGAUCUUAAAUAUUUCCACCUCAUAGUAGAGUUAAAUGUGAGCAUUAUAUUCAAAUCCAGCCCCAAAAAACUGGUCUUAUAUAUCUCUAUUUUUCUUUAAAACUCAAACUCAUAAUCAAUUUAAAAGAACUGCUUUUUGAAGCAAAUUAUAGCCGCAGACAUUAAAAGGAUCGAAAUAAACUCCAAGUUUCUUGAACACUUCAUAGUUGUUCAAUGAACACGAAAUGUUAACUUGAGUUUGCUGCGCGGCGAAAAGCAUUUUAGAGGUAGGUUGUUAUGUAAGGUUAGUGGACACAAUUUAGUUCCUUAAUCUAACUCAAUCGGAGUUUUUUGACACUCAGACCGGCCACGUUUUAAUGAAAUACUUUAGUAUGCUGCUUUAGUUUGCCCCAGAGGUUUUUCAAAAUUAGUGCAGACAAGCCAGAUACUUCUCUUUUUAUUAAUGGUAUCUGAAUUAAGCUUUUUUGUUUAAUAUGAGAUUUAGUAAAGUUCAUUGGCUUACUUGUAUUACAUAUAAUUACUAAUUUUGUGUACUGGUGAAUUGUUGACGUUACAAUAGAGUAAGGAACAUUUGUUAAUUGACUCAAUUAGGGGAUUGACUUAAUGACCGAUGGUCGCUUUCGUGUAAGUUUUUUUUCUAAUUGAGGCUAGUAUUUACAAUAAGCUGUUUUGUCCUGUGUUAGCAUAAAAUAUUUCGCAAAUAUUUGUAGGUAAUGUUCGUAUGGUGACUUUCCUUAGACAUUCUUAUUGAAGAUAUUCUUGACAAUCAGACAAAAUCUAAAGAUUCAGAAACUGUGACUGGGUGAAGAUUUUAGUUAAACAUAUUUCAAAAAUGUGUUUUUACUUAUCGCAAAGGUUUUCUAAAUGAGUGCAGUCGAUUAAGACAUAUAUUUUCAAUUUUCUUUUUCCCUACCUUUCUCUCUUGUUUUAGCACUUGUUAAAUUAUUACAUACAAGGUUUAUACUUCUUUUUCCGAAAGCAGCGCUUGGUUUGUUAGCAUUUACAAGUAGAAGUGGUGGGUGUAAAAUAUCGACGGUAGUGUGACACUCGUAGUUAAAAGAAUUUACUCUAAAUACAAAAAUCAAUACAAUAAAGACGCAAAAAUUAGAUAAACUUAACACUAAAGCGUUAGGGAUAAAUGCAAAAUAAACAUACAUAUAGCAUACGAAGAGCAAAACGAGGAGGCAGAAACUAGAAAAAAUCGAAAAUGAGAAGCGUUUGUUUGCAAAGCACACAGACUAAGGAAACAAAAAUAUUCUAAAGUGAAUUUUCCACUAAUUUGUAAAACAGAAAAACAAGAGAAACAAAACAUAAGCAAAAGAAAAGAACAAAAACCAAAAGAAAACAAAAAUAUCGUUAGAAAGAGAGAGAGAGAGAAAGAGAUAGAUACGAGUAAAGUUAAAAUCACUAAUAAACCAACACAAUAUAGAAGUUAAGUCAAUAAUGUUAAAUGUAAUAGCGAAAGGAUAAUUAUGAGAUCGUAAUAAAGCAGAAUUAAAUCAAAUAAUACUACUUAAUUAUAAAAACCACAAUUGAACAAGCAAAUCCACUUAGUUUUAAGCAGAAUUCAAGUUUAGAAACAAACAAAUUGGAAUGUUUAAAUGUGAAUUGUCAAAAAAAGUAAACAAAAAAAAAACAAACAAUCCAAGAAAACUGAAGGAACAUUGCGUGCAGCAGAGAAACAAACGAAAACUAGGUCAAGAAACAGAGCACGCGAGAAGGCGUAAAAUGUGAGAAGAGUGAAAACCAAAAAGCGUUGCAAAAAUUUUUAAUUUCAUAUUGAAAUUAUACAAGUAGUUUCUUUUACUUCCUCACUCUCGCAUUGGCCACGACUGCAUGCAAUCGUACGAAAACAAUCAAAGAUGAAUGCCAAACUAAAUUCAAGCAAAAAUACAACAAAAACACACACACAUAUAUACACAUAGAAAAAUUGUGAAAGAAAUGACAAACAACAACAAACCAGUUUCGAUUUACUUUAAAAGCAAAGCAGGCGCAUGCGGAUGAAAAGCCGAAAAAAUAAGCUACAAUGAAAUUAAGAAAGCAACAAAACAUAAUAAUUUGAACAAAUGACUGCCCACAGAUACAAAAAAAAAGACAAAAAACACGUUAUUAAAUAAAGUAAACUGCAAACAUAAGAGAACACAAUGUAUUGUAGUUAAUUGACUUUUCGUCACGUUUGUUACAAAAGAAACAACAAAACAGAGGUAAAAAAGUUAAAAAAAAAACAAAUAAAAGCAAAAACACAUUGAUAUUAGUUUAGUAACAACAACAAGUAACGUGCAAUACGAAUAAAAUUGAAAUAAAAUGAAAUCAAAUUAAAUGUAAUAAAUAAGAAAGGGCUAACCAUAGACCCCAGUGUGCUAAUAGUGGAAUUAAAUUGAUAAAACAAAAACAAAAUAAAACAAAAAUAAAAUAAAAUAAAAAAUUAAUUAAAUGCAACAAGGCAAAUAUUGAAGAUGAGCAAAGAAAAACACUUUAAACUAACGUACCGUUUAAGAAUAAAUAAAAUUGCAUGUAAUUUGAAGAAAUUUUAA